UACGGCAGACUAAUUUUUCAUUGAUUUCCAGAAGCUUUUGUACCUCUGAAGCUUCCAGGCAGAGCUCUCGAAUCAACCCUUCCUCAAUCUUCAUUUCCAUCCGUUGCAUGAAAGGUUUUCUAUAGUCAUGAAUUGGAUACAAAGGAAGGUCUACCUUUACAAUGUCACUUUUGGGCUGUACAUGUUGGAUUGGUGGGAGCGUAUCCUCUUCAAUACGUUGGUGGUUCUGCUGAUGUGGUUCAUGUUUUACAAUGGAUCACGAUACGUAAAUGAUUUGUACAAGAGGCAUCUGUGGCAAGGCAAGGUGUAGGAGACAAAUGCAAUGGAUGCAGAGACCAUUGUGCCCAAUGGGGGGAGAGGUUCAGGGCUGUCAUCGUUAAUUUGAAUGGAACAUUGCAUUGUUAUGUAACCUGUUUGUAUUAACUUGCUCGAAAUCUGGUUCGAAACUGAUUUCCACAUUUGAAUGAAUUGAUCUAAGUUCGACAGUGUAAUUGAUGUUAUAUUUGGUGAAUCAGGAUCUGUUCAGAAUUAAGAAAAUACACUUCUUUUCUUGUCUU